AUGUUGUCUGCACUUCUGAUACUUAUUCGCAUGGGUCCUCAUUAUGCACAUACGUUCUUCUACAAAUAUCUGACUGAAUUAAAUAAUCACGCAACGCGAGUUAAUCUAAAAGAUCAAUCGAUCAUCAUCGAUGCUAAUUCAUUCAUGUAUUUUAUCUAUAAUGAAAUUUUAAACGAUGAUAAGCAUAAAAAUAGAAAUCAAAUCUUGACUACUAUUCCAUUUAAUUACGAUGGCUACUGGGAUUAUUCAAAACAAGUGUUAAAUAAAUUCAAGCAAGAUUGCUCUGAUGUUCUUGUUGUCUUUGAUGGAGUUUUCAAACGCAACGCCAACCGAAGACCUGAUCCAGAACGUGCAAGUAGUUUACAUGUCACCGAGUUCAACGGUUAUCAAAGCCAACUUCCGCUACUCUUUCGACGCGGAUUCAUCGAUAUUUUGCGAGAGUUAGAUAUAGGGGUUAAUGUGGCUAGAGGAGAAGCUGAUCCAAUGAUAGUUCGAUUGGCUCAAGAUCGAAAUGCUUAUGUUGUCGCCGCCGAUUCAGACUACCAUCUCUACGAUCUUCCACAAGGCUAUGUUCCAUUGUAUUUUCUCAAGUUGAAAGCACUCAAAGGAUCACUCUAUCAAUUGGAUGAUGUUUUCACAGGAAUGGAUGCAAAAGGUGUUGCUCUAUGGGCUUCACUCAUUAAGUACAACUUCGUAAAAUUGGCCAAACUACAAAAUUUUCUUUCAAGAACAUUAGCAUAUGACCGAGAAAAAUUUGAAUCAUGGCUCAAUAGUACAGAACCAGAUGAACAGAAACGUAAUUUGAUAACAACUGAAUGGUUACUUCUUCGUUUCAUACAACAAGUUGGUAGUUCAAUAGCGUAUACAGAAUUGAUUGAACUCAUCGCUUUAGAUGAUCGACAAAAAUUCGAUCAAAUUAGAUCUAACUAUAUCAAUGUAAUACCCGAGGCAUCAAUUAAAACAAAAAAUGGAAAAGCCCUCCCUGCCUACCUCGAUAGACUUUUUACAACUGGAAACCUUGAUCAUACAAUCCUUAACAUUCUCAUCAGUAGAAAUGUUCUCAAAAGUGAACAAGUGAACAAUGCGGUGUAUUUUCAAAUACUUCGGCCUAUUAUCCAGAUUCUUCUGUUGUCGGAUUGCUCGAGCACGGAACUGGGCAACGAUAGUCAAAAAGUUACAUUCAAUAACCAAUUAUACGAACCUCUGGCAGAGAUUAAGAUACAAGACUUUCCUAGUUUAGACGAAAUUUCCAAAAUGUCUUCAGCUGAUAGAAAGAAAUGGCUUGUAUAUUGUGUGCAAAAUGCUCUUCAACCAUCGAUAAAUAUGAAUGAUGAUGAAAUCCAUGAUGAUCAUUUGGCAUGGAUGUGUCUGUUAAAAUUAUGGUGGCACAAAGGGAAGGAACAAACAGUAUUAAAGAAAUCUGCACUUUAUGCCAUGAUUGUUUCAUAUCUCACACACACACUACUUCAUGAACAUCACGAAUCAGAACGAUCUCAACGGCACAAAAAAAUAACUACGAUUUCAGAACCAUUUCUUCGAUAUUCCAAAAGAAAAUUGAAGAAACGCUUCCCAUUCGAUAUGUGCUCGGUGUUGAGCCAAAAAAUAAGUAAACAUGGAUCGAAUCAUUUCGAAAAUGAAAAUAUCAAGGGUGACUUACAUGAAGCUGAAGAAUUCUAUAAUGUCUUUUACGUUGGAUAUCAAUUGUUUGACUCUCCUAUCAUCAUGCCAAAAGUACACGAAUACAUAAGUACACUGACUUAUGAAUUAGCUAUUGCCUUCACAAAAUCGAAUACGCUCACCAGAAAUAUUCGGAAACGCUUGUUCAAUGACAAUCUUCUACUGAUGGGUUUGUUUGAAGAAAUCAAAUCAUGGGUCGAACAAGUUUAUCAACCAAAUCUUAAUGCAAACGAAUCCGACUGUAAAUAG